UCAUAAAUCAAUUUUCAUCAAAAUAAGGCCUUAAAAAGUAUUAAAUUGUCUUAAAUUCAGAUUGCAUUGGUCUUAAAUAUUUGUGUGCCAUGUCAGUGCGAAAAUGCGGGCAAUCUGUUCUGCCAGGUCAAAUAUUUUUCCGGUAGCCUGUGCGCUGCGUUGUCUUUGGUUAGGUCAGAGCGUAGACUACUGCGCAGCUGUAGCCCCACCCCCCCGAUUACGCCACUGCCAGGGCUCCUGUUUAUUGGUUUAUCAUCUAGCCAGGGCUCCAGCCUGUUCGUUUAUAGAUUUUGGCGCGAUUCAGACCCCUCACUACGAUAUAGACACUCGACUCUGAAACAUGGGUAAGUGUAAAUUUAAUGAUAAAUGGCUCGAGAAGGACGAGUAUGACUGGUUAAGGUCGGUGCCUGGUAGCGCCUAUGAAGCUCGGUGCACUGUGUGUAAAAAAACCUUCAAACUUGGGACAAUGGGGAUCGGAGCGGUGGAAUCCCAUGUCCAGAGCCAGAAACACAAAGCUUACUCAAAAGCACGCCUGCAGCCUACAAUUACUAGCUUCUGCUCCACCGCUAGCAAUGAUGUAAUUGACAACGCUAGUGUUGCAAUAGGAAAUCCACAGCCUGUUACAAGCAUGCCAUCUGACCGCGCAAUUUGUGGCUCUACGCCAACACUGCGAGCAGAGGUGAUUUGGGUGAUGAGGACCUUGACAAGCCACCAUUCCUGCAGGUCCAAUGACGGAAUUGAUUACUUGUUUAAGACGAUGUUCCCAGAUUCUGCCCUUGUACAGUCUUUUACAUGCGGGAAAGACAAGACCAGAUACGUUGCCAAAUUUGGAUUGGCGCCGUAUAUAAAAAAAGAGCUUGUCAAUGAAGUUCAAAAAUGCGGUGCGUUUGUUGUCAUGUUCGAUGAGACACUGAACCAGACAACCAAAACCAAACAAAUGGACUUGCAUGUGCGUUAUUGGUUAAAUGACCAUGUCCAGUCUAGGUUCUACGGAUCACAGUUCAUGGGCCACGCAACUGCCAAGGACCUACUUCAGCAUUUCAAAGUAAGUAUGCCCAACAUUUAUUUAUUAACUAACCUUUUGUAUGUUAUUAUAUAGUUAGUCUAAGCUUUACUGAUUGUCAAGUUAUUAACAACUAUGGAUAUGAUAAUAUACAUUAAUUAGACAAAUUAAAAUAAAAUGAAUUAAAAGAAAUAAAAAACAGCCAGCUUUAGUUUUAGAAAGAUAGUCUGGUGUUAACAUGCCAAUAAGUUUAAAUAAUAUAUACAAUAUGGCUAUAGGGAUGGCUGACUGCUUAUUUUGUGAAAUAGUAUUCUUUUAUUUUUAUUUUUUUUAUCUUAUCCAGUCUGACAUUAAUCUGAAGUAGUGGUGUGUCAGAAAUGAAUGUGUUAACUGUUGUAUGGCUAAUGUCUGUAAUGUCUUUUUUCAAUUUCCAGGAGUGUGUGCAGCAGCUUGACCUGAGACAUUUGGUUUCUAUCUCAAUGGAUGGACCAAAUGUCAAUUGGAAGUUUUUCUCAAUGCUCCAACAGGAGCAUGCAGAUACAUUUGGAGGUGCCCAGCUGAUUGUGGUGGGGAGCUGUGGGCUUCACACACUCCACAAUGCCUUUAAAAGUGGCUUCAGUGUCUGGCAGAUGGAGAAAGUGCUCAGGGCAUUGCAUACACUCUUGAACAAUACCCCUGCUAGAAGAGAAGAUUUCUGCUCUUUGACCAAGUCAUCUGUGUUUCCCCUACCAUUCUGUGGGCAUCGCUGGAUCGAAAACCUACCCGUUGUCGACAGGGCUAUCACCAUAUGGCCAAUGAUGGUGAAGUAUGUGGAUGCAGUGACACAGAAAAAGCUUCCAAACCCUAGAACAUCCUCCUAUGACACUCUUGCAGAGGCACGGAAUGACCCUCUCAUAAUGGCCAAGCUGCACUUCUUUAUGGCUGUCUCUAGGACCUUCACCACAUUUCUGACUAAGUAUCAGACAGAUGAGCCGGUGAUUCCAUUCAUCGGUAAAGAUCUGGCUGUUCUCAUGAAGAGCCUACUGAAGAGGUUCAUCAAGGCAGAGAUCCUUAAUGACAUCACAGCACUGCAAAUGGUCAAACUGGACACAACUGCCAAGGAAGCAAGGGCUGGCCUAAAGGCUGUGGACAUUGGAUUAGGAGCAGAAGUAGUCCUAAAGGAACUCCAGAGUAGCCCCAAGAGCAGCGUAGGUGAGCUCAGUGUGUUGGCCUUUAGAAAGGACUGCAUGGACUGUUUGACCAAUAUUGUCAAGAAAAUGCAAGACAAGAGCCCACUGAAGUACACCAUUGUGAGGCAGAUGGCAUGUUUGGACCCAACGAGCAUGUUCUCAGACCCCGACUUGUGCUAUGAAAUAAUGAAAGGAGUUGUUCAGAGGUUUCUGCAUGAUAACCAGCUGUCAGGAGGCGCCUCUGCUGGUGAUGUGAUUGUCCAACAAUUUGGAAAUUUCUUGUCUCUGGAGGCAAAACAUGAGUCAUUCUCCUCUUUCCAACCCAUGCGUACAAGACUGGACGUUUUCCUGCAUGGACUCCUCCAUCAAUCCUACCCUGAACUCUGGGCAUUCUGCAGGAAACUUCUGCUUCUCUCCCAUGGCCAAGCAACGGUUGAGAGGGGCUUUUCUGUAAACAAGGAGGUAGAGGCCGAUAACAUGAAGGAGGACACAGUGGUUGCUCAGAGGAUGAUCUGUGACUAUGUCUCUGUCUGUGGGGGGGUUCUCAAAGUACCUCUGACUAAGGAGCUUUUGGCAGCUGCAGCUUCAGCUAGGUCUCAGUAUCGGCUACACCUGGACCAGGAAAAGAGAAAGCAUGCGAGCAAUGCUCAAAGAGAAAAGAGAAAAGGUGCAGAAGACCACCUAGAGCAGCUCAAAACGAAGAAGAAGAUACUGAUUGAGGUAGCAAACAGCCUGGAAAAAGAUGCAGACAAGCUAGCAGAACAAGCUGAGGGUAAAUCAGGCACACUCAUGGCCCAGCUAAUCACCAAGUCAAACAUCCUCAGAAGAAGACACAAAGAAAAACUCACAGAACUCAAAGAGGUUGAGAAAGAGCUGGAAGAUAAAUCGGCAGAACUCAGGCAUAUGCCAUAA